AUGAGGCUCUCUUCAAUUACCCUCCUCGCGCUCGCGACAGCUGUUGUUGCUCAGGAGUCGAGCUCUACAACGACCAAAACCAAGACCAGGGACGCGUCGACUAAGACUGGCAAGAAUUCCAAAGGUACGACAACCGCGGCCGCAAACAAUGCCACCGAUCCCGUGGCUGGCGGCUCAGAUUCCGGGAAGGGCAACUCGACCGCGAUCUCGACCGCGCCUGGCGGCGGCAAGAAAACCGCUACGACCAGCCAGGCCAGUGCCACAUCAUUUGCAUCGGGAACGGGCACUGUCUCGGUCAAUGGCGGUGAUGGCUUAAUUUACUUCAUCUUUGCCGUCGUGGUCUUUAUUCUAGCUCUGACGACCAUCUAUACCCGGCCCACCCCAGCAAUCGACUCCGACGUCCUCGGAAAUACACCACAGUCACCCGCUACAAUGGCUACCACAAGAAACAUCACCUGGCACACCGGCCUCACUCGCCAAGAGCGCAACCAGGCUCGGGGCCAAAAGGGCUACACCAUCUGGUUCACUGGCCUGUCGGCCUCGGGAAAGUCUACCGUGGCCACGGCCCUCGAGCAGCACCUCUUGCACCUGGGUGUGGCUGCCUACCGCCUCGAUGGUGACAACGUCCGCUUUGGUCUCAAUAAGGAUCUCGGCUUUUCCGAGAAGGACCGCAACGAGAACAUCCGCCGCAUCGCCGAGGUCGCCAAGCUAUUUGCCGACUCGUCGACUGUCGCCAUCACAUCCUUCAUCUCUCCCUACCGCGCAGACCGCCAGCUAGCUCGCGAGCUGCAUACGCAGUCUGCCCAGGCCGGCAACGCUCCCCUAGAGUUCAUCGAGGUUUAUGUCGACAUCCCGAUCGACGUCGCAGAGCAGCGGGACCCCAAGGGCCUGUACAAGAAGGCCCGCGCUGGCGAAAUCAAGGAGUUCACCGGCAUUUCAGCACCAUACGAGGCUCCCCUGGAAGCCGAGAUCACCAUCAAGACGCACGAAAACACCGUCGAAGAGUGCGUCGCACAGAUAGUGGAGUACCUGAAGAGCAAGAGCCUCCUGUUUAUUCCGACUGCGUCUGUAUAG